CCUUGACGUCAAGUAGUAUAAAUAGCCCCUGUUCUAAGGGGAGCAUCAGAUUCACAUCCAGCAUCGUGAGUGAAGAAUCUGGGAGAUUUUGUGACAGCAAACUACCUCAACAUAAAACGAUGACGUAAAUCUCUAUGCACAAAAAGAUCAGGGAAAACUCGCGAAGAUGGCGGUUUUAAGACGCGACGACGACUCUACGAAGUUAGCCUUUUAAAGUCCAUUUCUUCAUAUCGUUUCCAAGUUUUCAUGAUAAAUUUAUAUUUGAAUUUGGAAAAAAAUUCAUUUUCAAAGUGAACAAAAUCAGUAAAAUGGAAGAAAGAACGGUCGAAAUUGUCUAUUUAGGGCAGUAUCGUACUGCUUGUUUAAUACGCGAGAGAAACACGCAGAGGUAGGAGAAAGCAUUGUUUCGUAAACUACGCAAAAUUGAUGAGAAUAUGAAGAUCCGGUGAUGAAUCGGAUCGGGUAUCGAUCCAAUCUUCUGCUAAUUAUAAGCGUUACAUGAGUACAAAUGGAACAGACCCCGUUGAAGCUUUAUAUUGACCGUAGAAAAGUAUGUUCCUCGGAAACGAGCAAAACGAGCGACGAGGCCGGAACUCCGCUCUUCAUCAUGACGCUUCAGUUUUCCCGUAUUUGGAGAAUACUGCCCAUUUUCUUGGCAUGCGUGGCAUGGUCUUCAGCUGCAGCAGAUCUCGAAACCAUUUACGAAUGGAAAUACAUCGACUACGUUUGGGAAAGCGACGCGGAAAAAGAAGCCGCUGUUGCCAAUGGAACAUACGACUACACUAACAUCGUAGUGGUCGAUGUGCAAUCACUGCCUGACGAUCGUGUGAUUGUGACGACUCCAAGGUAUAAGAAUAACCCCGCUACCUUAUCGGUGAUUUCGUCUCAAUCCGCGGACAAUGGUCCACUGCUGCAACCUUAUCCCAGCUGGUCAUGGAAUAACGCUGACGACUGCUCAGGUUUCACGAGCGUCAACAGAGUUUACCUCGACCAGUGCAACAGACUUUGGCUUGUAGACUCCGGAAAAAUCGGAAACGAGCAGGUUUGCAGUGCCAAAAUUUUCGGAUUUGACCCGAGCACAGACGAAAUGCUGUACAACAUGACGAUCCCCGAUAACAUAAGCCAUAAUCCAACCAACACCAGCCAAGGGCGACUCGAAUUGCAGGUUGUUGAAACAACUGGGGACAACUGUGAAAAUACUUGGCUUUACAUAUCGGACUUGGAGGGCUACGGGCUUCUCAUUUCCAAUCUAACGGCCACAUGGCGGCUCCAAGAUAAGAUCUUCGAGCCGGAUUAUUCGGAUGCAAGUGCAACGAACUUCACCUCAUGCGAUGACUCUGUAGAUAUGUAUCUCGGACCUUCGGGCCUUCUAAUUUUUCCUCCUGGAUUCGUGGAGGAUGGAAAUUACUUGAUUUUCAAGCCCAUGUCAAAAAUAAAGUCGUACACCGUGAACGUUGACGAAUUGCACAACUCCUGGAACGGAAGUGAACUCUCCUUCUACCUUUCGGCUUACACACCGCCGAGUCAGGAACCCGCGAAAACUUACACAAAGGAGGGUCUCUUGUUCGCUAAUUUCAUCUCUGCCAAUGCCAUUGGAUGCUGGCAUCUGGAACACCCUCUGGCAGACGCCAAUGUCGCAGAGUUGACGCAAGAUGACGAACGGCUGCAGUUCGUUUUCAGUUUGAAAAUGAAACAUUUCACAAACGGUACCCAAGAACUCUGGGUCAUGUCAAAUCGCUUGCAAAAGUUCAUACUCGGAACUGUCGAUUUUACUGACGUCAACAUCAGAAUUAUGACCGUGGAGCCGUAUGCCUACGUUGAAGGCACAGUGUGCGAACCAGAGUCGUAUGAAGUAGUUGACACUAUCUACGAGAAGAACUACACGCUUUACGAACAGAGCGCCUGCCUGUACACACCUUCAUAACCUGGGAAGUGUUUGAUACGUCUAAUAUACUUUGCAAUAACGAUUUUCAGUUUCAUACGUAUAUCUAACUUGUCUUUGAUUAUGUAAGCAUAGAUUCAUACGUAAUAAACUUAUUCAGCAAUCAAA